UUAGGGGUGAAUUUCUAUAGGAUUUGGGGCUGGGGGUUGACCAGGCCUGAGUUAGAGGCUGAUGCCUGGGGCCAGGAUGGGCAAGAAUAGUGGGCAAGACUGUUUGGAGCCUGACUUUGUGUUUAGGAACUGGGGUUGUUAAGGGUACUGAUAUGUGAGUGAGUGUGUGUGUUUAAUAUUUUUAAAAAUGUGUUAUUUUUAGAUAUACCUGACAAUAGAGUAUAUUUUGACAUAUUAUACAUACACGGAUGGCAGAUAUAUUUUUUAAUGAAGAAAUGUUUGAAUUUGCCUUUGUGACUGAAAUUGAGUUCUCUUUCCCCUUGGCCCAAACCAGAGUCCCUUCCAGUAUGGGAUGUGAGGUCUUUUUAGGCUGCAACUCCUUCCUUUGACACAGACUAGGACUCAGCCAAGGCCCUUGGGCCUCCCUGACCCACCUUUUCUCCUCCCAGGUUCCCCAUGUCUGCUGCACCAGGUCUCCUGCACCAGGAGCUAUCCUGCCCGUUGUGCCUGCAGCUGUUCGACGCUCCUGUGACUGCUGAGUGCGGCCACAGUUUCUGCCGCGCCUGCCUGGGCCGUGUGGCAGGGGAGCCAGCAGCGGAUGGCACAGUGCUUUGCCCCUGUUGUCAGGCACCCACACGGCCGCAGGCGCUUAACACCAACCUGCAGCUGGCUCGCCUGGUGGAAGGUCUGGCACAGGUGCCACAAGGCCACUGCGAGGAACACCUAGAUCCUCUGAGCAUCUACUGCGAGCAGGACAGAGCACUAGUGUGCGGUGUUUGUGCCUCUCUUGGUUCACACCGCGGCCACCGCCUGCUGCCUGCGGCUGAGGCCCAUGCGCGCCUCAAGACACAACUCCCACAGCAGAAGCUGCAGCUGCAGGAGGCCUGUAUGCACAAGGAGAAGAGUGUGGCUGUGCUGGAGCAUCAGUUGAUGGAGGUGGAGGAGACAGUGCGUCAGUUCCGGAGUGCUGUUGGGGAGCAGCUGGGCAAGAUGCGGGUGUUCCUGGCUGCGCUGGAGGGUUCUUUAGACCGUGAGGCAGAAAAAGUUCGGGGUGAGGCAGGAGUUGCUUUGCGGCGGGAGCUGGCAGGUUUGAACUCUUACCUGGAGCAGCUGCGGCAGAUGGAGAAGGUGCUGGAGGAGGUAGCUGACAAGCCACAGACUGAAUUUCUCAUGAAAUACUGCCUGGUGACCAGCAGACUGCAGAAAAUCCUAUCAGAAUCACCACCACCUGCACGUCUGGAUAUCCAACUGCCUGUGAUCUCAGAUGACUUCAAGUUUCAGGUGUGGAAGAAGAUGUUCCGGGCUCUGAUGCCAGUGCUGGAGGAGCUGACUUUUGACCCAAGCUCAGCGCACCCCAGUCUGGUGGUGUCUCCCUCCGGCCGCCGUGUGGAAUGCUCCGAGCAGAAAGCGCCGCCAGCUGGCGAGGAUACUCGCCAGUUCGACAAGGCCGUGGCGGUGGUGGCGCACCAGCUGCUCUCCGAUGGCGAGCACUACUGGGAGGUAGAGGUGGGCGACAAGCCUCGCUGGGCUCUCGGCGUGAUGGCAGCGGAUGCCACCCGACGUGGCCGACUGCACGCAGUACCCUCACAGGGCCUUUGGCUGCUGGGGCUGCGCGAUGGCAAGAUCCUGGAGGCGCACGUGGAGGCCAAGGAGCCACGUGCUCUGCGAAACUCUGACAGGCGGCCUUCACGGGUGGGCCUCUACCUAAGCUUCUGUGAUGGUGUCCUCUCUUUCUAUGAUGCUAGUAAUUCCGACGCGCUGGAGCUGCUCUUUGCCUUCCACGAGCGCCUGCCUGGGCCGGUGUAUCCCUUCUUUGACGUGUGCUGGCAUGACAAGGGCAAGAACGCCCAGCCGCUACUGCUUGUGGGGCCUGAUGGGGAGGAGGCCUGAGCCACCUGUCUGGGUGGGAGAGGGGUGCUGGGGUCCUGACCAUAGGAGGC